AUGGCGAUAGUAGAGGAUAACACAGCUGAUGACGCCCAGCUGGAAGACAAAUCGAUCUCCAGGGAGGAGCUGACCAGGAAUAUCGAGCAAUUGACGAAGCGGUUGAUAGUCCCAGCUGAAUUAGUCCCGGGGUUUAUGGCGAGUCGAGAUGAGGAUGGUCUGUCACGAUAUCGAAGCGAAGCUCUGAAUAUCCUAUACGAAGUGAAGAAGAAAGUGGAACAUCCAUACUGGGAAGAAAUAGAACCUGAAAUUCAAUUACGAUUGAUGAAAAACGUCCUUCGUCUCAAUGGAGCCAAAGACCCAUGGUCUUCUGUGGAGAUACGAUCCAUAAUACAAAAUAUUAUACCCCAUUUAUCGACAUUCAUUCCACUCCUCAUCCUCCCAACUCUCAAACCAUAUUUCGCCUCUCACCCUUCCCUCUCUUCCUCUUCCAGAGCCCUUACUCGUCCAGUAGGGGGUACAGACUCCUCCAUCGACCUACACGACGUACAACCAUUCAAAGACCCAUCAUCAUGGGGAAUAACCAACCUCCUCUCGUACUCUGUCCAGAACCUAUCCCCUGUCGAUGUCGAGAAGAAUAUAGGGUUGAUACUUCCUCCAACUUUGGUAUUGAUGGAUGACUGGGAACCAUCAUACCGUCUUAGAGGAGCGGAAAUACUUGACACAUGGGUAGAUAAGUUAGAUGAAGGACUGAUGAAAAGAAUGGGUAUAGAUAAAUUAUUGAUCGAUUCGUUGAUUCAUACGAUAUCGUUAUCUAGUAAUCCACCGUUAAAAGGUUUAUUACAAAUUACUUUGAAAGUAAUUCAGAAAUGUACGGAAACCCAAUCUCAGAAAAGGACGGAAUAUUAUAGUGACAUUGUAGAAAAGGGCAUAAUCCAAGGAUGGACCUACGCACCAUCCGGUAUAGAAGGUAGAGAAGUGUUGAUGAAUAUUAAUGAGAUGUUAGAGGGUAUGAUGGAAGUGAUGGGAACAGGUAUAGUAAGAUGGUUAAAGGAUAUAAUACCAAAUCUACUUCAACCUUUACAAUUCCCACCUACAGCUUUGGUCUUACCUCACUAUCAAUCGAAUCUACGCUGUCUUUUAGGAGUCAUGAAGACAUUACGAAAGACAGGUAGAAUAGGAAGAUGGAGAGGUCAGAUAUUGAAUAUACUCUGCAGAUUGUGGGUGCAAUUGAAAGAGAGGCGAGGGCUGGGAGAUGAAGAUGACGAGAAUGGAGACAAAGAUGAUAUCGAGAAUGAUGUCCGGAUAUUGAUCGAGAGAAUUUUCAAGGAAUUAUCUGAACAAGUCCCUUCAGUCAUAGAUGAUGAAUAUCAAAGGUUAUUUGAUCUCUCUCCAGGGAUGUUUGGUGAUCUCAUUUCAUCAGUAAACGCCGAGGAAAUAUCGAGCUAA